AUGUCAGAGGACUACCAUCAAAUGUAUCGGGGUACCACUCUUGGCAACACUCUUCAGGAGUCCUUAGAAGAAAUGCUUGAUCACAACCUUCUCAAGCCACAGACUGCAGGAAAGAUAAUGAAGAAGUUUGAUCAAUGUAUAUGUACAGCUUUGUCAACACAGGUUAAGGCCAGGUUGAAUCUUCAAGGGUAUCUUAAUGCCUAUAGAAACUGUGAUAAUGUGUGGACUUUGGUUCUAAACAAUGUUGAAAUAAAGGAUGGUUCCAGCACUAUGCACGUCGAUAAACACUCCAAGAACUCUGCUAACCAGGGAUCACAAAAAACCAGUACUAGCCUAAGUCGUGGCGGCCCUGGACCUGGACUACAUGGAGAUACUGACACAAGUGCCCUGGAUGAUGACCGGUCGGACGAGGACGUCGCGUAA